AUGUUAUAUCAACCACAGAGACCUCUUCUAGAGACAUCAUCAACAUCUGUCGAUUCAGCUGCAACUGGACAUGCGAGUGGAGUUGAUUGGCAAGAAGAGGUUUACCAGAAGAUCAAAACAAUGAAGGAACUAUACUUACCUGAACUUCAUGAAUUGUAUCAGAAAAUUGCUGGCAAAUUACAGCAGGUAAAAUCUAUGUCACCUAAGGCAUUGAGUGCUUCUGUCAGGGACAUUGGCUCUGUUGUCAGCAUGGUUGAUAGGUUUGUAGGAUCAGCUCCCAGUAAUGGAUCUAGAGCUGCAUUUGGUGAGGAUUUAGUUGCUAUGACAAACUGUCGUUUACAUGUAAGAAAUUUCAUGAGCCAUGACAGAACUAACGGGACAAGGAAAAUGAAGCGCUACACUAGUGCCAUGCCCUUAAAUGCUGUGCUAAGAGCAAUUCAUGCUCUUAAAGACGAAAUUAGGGAAAUAAAUCAGCGUCUUAUUGACACUGUUAUUGAUAUUAGUGAGGAAUCAAGUGUUGUAGCACCUGCUGUUGAAGGAGAUGAAGGGACCAUUGUCAAGUGCUCUUUCAGCGUUGUGCAUUUUGACUCAUAUCUUGUUAAUGAAUUUUCGUAA